AGGUGUAAGGGAUUUUUUAAGAGGACCGUCCAGAACAAGAGAGUCUACACCUGUGUUGCAGAGGGCAACUGUGAAAUCAACAAGGCCCAGCGUAACCGGUGCCAAUACUGCAGAUUCAAAAAGUGCCUCAAAAUGGGCAUGGUGCUAGCUGGUGAGUUGAAGGAUCAUGAAUUAUGCAUGGGAGCUUAGGUUGGCGGUAGAGGAUGGCUAUCAUUAGUUUCUAGUUACAAGCAAAUCAGUUCUCUUUAGUUCAGUAGUGCUUGAGAGCCUUAUAGAAGCCACCCCUGACAGAAAUUAGUUUAAUUAUUUUAGCUUUUAAGCCAAUGAAUUCCCAAUCUCUGUUUUUCUCUAUUCUGGGCUUUUUUUAAAUCCCUGCUCAUUUUACUAAAUAUUCAAUAUUUUUAUUGUACUAUUUAUUUUCUUGCAGCUGUUCGUGAAGACAGAAUGCCAGGGGGAAGAAACUCUGGAGCUGUUUAUAAUCUUUACAAAGUGAGAUGCCCUAAUAUCUAACCCUGCAUCCUUUAGAUCUUAAAUAUUUCAAAUUGUGUUUGUAAAAGGAAUUAUUUUUAACAAUUAUUUUUGGAAUACAUGAAAGAAAUAACGUUGAAAAAAGAAAUCCAUUUAUGGAUUAUAAAUAUAAUAAGUGUCUUUAUUUUAAGUAUUUACUUAGAAAAGGCCAAAAAAGCUCUCAUUCACCAUUCUCAUGCAUAAAGUGCAGCACCACUACACACUCAAGGAUAGUUCUCAUUAGGCACUUGCAUGGUUGUCAUUAAAAAGAAGCUAUAUUGUCUCACAAGGAAAGAGUUACCUGGUAUGCCAACUAUAUAAUUAAUUAAAGCAUUUCUAUAUCCACCCAGGUGAAAUACAAGAAGCACAAGCGUCGUGAUACAACCGAGAAGGCACUGAAACUCCACAGGCUCAACUUCCCCACCUGUAAAUUAGAAAUGCCGGACGUCAUCCCUGGCUACCCAGGUGAAAAUUUGCCAUCAUCUGAUUCAGCAUAUGAGUCGAGCACAGACUGUGGGACGGACACCACCAGCAACCGGUCAGAAAAGUCAUCUUCCAGCUACAGUCAGUACCACCCCUGCUACCACCCUUAUCACUACAAAAAUGUUACAACUACAAGUGCGUCAUCAUACGCUGGGUCGGUGUCGGAACACAGCCUGGUUAUUAAGAGUCACUCAGCAUAUCAGUCUCCGGUGGCAUCUACCGUGACAUCAUCUGCGUCGUCGUCAUUACACCUCACCACUGUCCACUCUGGUCACCCAAACAGCUUUGAUCAGAGAAUUUUCACUUACCAAGACGGACCAUCUGGCUUAAAAAUUCCCUCACCCCCUGGCCAGCGGCAAGGCCAUGGAAACUCUACUAUGUUGGAAAGCAAGGUUUCGCCACCCACUACCAGUGGAUCCCAGAGUUCCCAUUAUCACAAUAAUAUUUCCUUUGACGAGCCAUCUCACCCUCAGACAACUAUGUCAUCAUACAAGCCACCUGAAAAAUAUCCCAUUGAUGUAAGCCAUUGCUCACCGGACAAACUUUAUCCUCAGCAUAUUCAUCAAGACAGAGAGACACGCCCACCACAGCUGCAUGAUUCUCAAAGGACUCACACACAGCACCAGCAUUUUACCAGUAUGAAAGCCGAGCAGGCCUGUGCCACACAACCCCAUUACCAAUCACAGAAGGGUUCAACCGCCAAAGGGGAUAACCGUGAGAGAUCUGACACAUCUGGCCAUCACCAGUUUUACACUGACAGCUCGCUGUAUGUCAAGCAAGAAAUAGACUCACAUGAAGACUUCAAACAAUCCCAGAGUUGCUCAAACUAUGAUGAUGCUGAUAACUACAUAACUAAAUAUCAUUCAACAUCAACACUUGCAGCUACACCAAAAGCCCAGACUAAUGGUCUCACUGAAGUUGCUCAUGAUCAAAACUGCAGCUCUUUGACUCGCAGACUUCAGGCCCAAACCAGCCAUUUUUCUCCAAGUAGCUCUCACACUUUCAAACUUCCCCCCACACUGCAGCACAACAAGGGCAACAAGGGAAAGCCAUCUGAAAGUUUUAAAAACAUGGCUCAUCCCGUUAGUACGUCUUCUAUGCCUUACUAUGCAUCAACAACAUCUCUCAUCUCGGACUUGGCCAAGAAUGACAGCUUGUUAACCAUAGCUGAGGACUACCAGAUUGACAAGUUUACAGGGUCAGAGGAAACUGUUGCCCAAGCCCUGUGCCAAGUUGGUGACAGUAUUGUCAUGAGAUUUGUCCAGUGGAUGAAACAGUUGCCCUUUUACAGGUGGGUGAACAUUGUGCAAGUCUUAAAAGUUGGAUGUACAGGGCUUUUAUAAUUUAAAAAAAAAUUUUGUGUAACUAUACAAGUCUAUUUGACUAAGUACUGUAUACCAAGGUUUAAAUGUUAAUUUUUUAUUAAUAACUUUAAAUUUAUAUUAAAUUUUAAUUUAUAAUUAUCAGGAUAGAAAAACGCAUGGUAAGAAUUUUUAAUAAUUGAAGCUUGAAUAUCUAUCCAUUUAUUAUUACUGCAUUAUGCAUCCUUUCAAUACAAGGGUGGUGAGAUUAACUAUUAAAAUUUUACAUCAUUGUAAAUUUGCAACAAUUUCAAUGUGUUUUUAAGUUUUUAUCUUUAAAUUUCACCUAAAUAGGGAGAUUCCUAAAGAACUUCAGACCAAAAUCCUUAUGUCAAAGUGGCAUGAGCUUCUUCUGUUGAUCAUGGUGGCCUAUGGGCCUGUCACAAAACACCCAAAGAAGUCUGAUAGAAAACCCACGUUUUCCGAGCUCUACGAUGGAAACAUCCAGCGGAUGCAGGAGUACCUGGACAAAAGCUUUAACAAGUUUUUCACCUAUGAACAGCUCCAAGGGGAGAUUGGUGGACUCAUGGACAAGGUCACUGCCAUCAUGGCCUACUUCUGGGACCUGGGAAUAACCAGAAAAGAAUUGCUUUGUCUUAAAGUCAUCCUUCUUCUAAACCAUGGUAAGUUUUUUUAUAGUAUUUGUCUGACAUUGAUUUUAUUUUAAAAACAAAAACUUAUAUAGACCAUCAUGGUUGAUGUUUGUUUCAACGUUUUCUAAGUCAAUUUUAAAUAACUCUAGUCUUGAUGAGCUAAGCUUGAUACAGGACUCAGUCUUGCCAGACAAAUAUAUUCUGACAAAGUUAAUGAAGCCUUGGAUUAUAUUUCUAUUUUAAUAAUGAUUUCAUUCUGAAAAGCUCCACAAAAAAAAAACCUAAAGGGAGGGAACUUCUGUGUUUAAGUUGUUGCCUAUGAUGAAGUUUAAUUAAUAGGUAUGAACCAAGAAAACAGUUUUAAAAAUAUUUACCUGUUUUGAUCUUUUAAACAAAUUCUUAAUUUGUCACUGUAUUGAUUCAGUAUUUUGAUUGCAAAUUUACAAAGCAGUUUUUUGUCAAACUUGGGCUUUUCAAUUCUUUGCAAAUCAGCAGUUCAUCUUUUUAUGUAAUGGAAUUUUAAAAAAAUUACUUGUGGCAAGUUAAUUAUUUUUACACAAAUAUGUAUUGUUUUGCUAUCGAAAUAAAUUUAGCAUGAAUUUAAAUGAAUUAAAACCUUUUUUUUUCCCCUCUAUUUAAUAAUUUUUACUGAAAGAUGAUAAAACGUGAAUUUCCUCUUAAACUUGAUUAAAUUUUGUCUCCUCCUCUAACAGAGAGUGUCAAAAAGGAUCCUAAGCUAAAUCACAUUUCCAACUGUUACAAGCAGGCUUUGCAGCAAUACAUUUUGGAAAGGUUUCCGUCAGAGGCCAAUCGACUUGGAGAUUUACUUGGUCAGUUUCCUGACCUUCAGGCUGCAUCUGCACAACUACUUAGCAGCAAGAUGAUUUAUAUUCCAUUUUUGCUCAAUGCAUAGUCACUGAGUCUUAAGUAUUAUUUGACAUCUUUUUCACAUAAUUUAUCAUAAACGAUUUGACCUAUUUGUUUUAAAAUAAAACUUCUCAAAUUAUAAUACAAUUUUAUAUUAUUAAGUAAGUAGAACUACUGUGAAUCGGGGUCCGUUAGAGAGCUCCAUUUGAAUACAAAUAUAUUUUUGUUAAAUUUCCUUAAUUAAAGUGUAAAA